AUGGCGAUGCCGAAGCACGUCGCGGACGGCGCAGUAGUCGACCGCCGGCUCGACGCGACCACGAUAUGCUUCUCCGAGGAGCCCGCGCCGGCAGCCUCCGACGGCGGCAGCCCCCGGUUCGCCCUGCGCGUGACGUGCAGCGUGACGCGGUCCCUGGAGUUCCGCAGGAGCGGCCGGCGCCCGAAGGUGGUGCUGCAGAAGUACACCAAGGCCGACAGCGACUCCGCCGUAACGCUCCCCGUCGGCGACCUGUCCGUGCUACAGAGCGACGGCGCCUGCCAGGGGGCCCUCCGCGGGAUGCUGGCGGAGCUGCGUCAGCUCCGGGAGCUCCACCUCGACGAGGACGAGUGGGACGCCGUCGUCCCCGCGGACAUCGUCCCGCAGAUCGUCCGCGUGGCGCGCGGCGACGACGCCAAGGACGGCGGCUUCACUUUCUGCUUCGCGAUGAAGGUGCACCGGCGGAUCAUACACGGCGAGGAGGCCCUGCUGAUGGCGUGCAAAGAGAGGGAGCUGGACCUGGACGGCGCCGGGACGACGGACGACUGCGCGAUCUGCCUGGAUGGCCUGGAGGGAGAGCCCGCCGUGCAGCUGCCGGGUUGCCCGCACGCGUUCCACCGCCGGUGCAUUUCCACGUGGUUCUCCAAGAAGACGACGUGCCCCAUGUGCCGGGAUGACGUUAGGCUCUGUGCCCUGCGGAAGUUUCUGAACCUGUAG